CCCCCCGCAUCCAGCCCAGGAAACUCCGAGCCCCUCUGCUCUUCCUCUGCAGCGACGGCACUUAAUCACACUCUGCAGCUCUGCGGCGCUCCUCACUUGUACUCGCACGUCACCGCCUCGUCCCUUUCUUCAUCUUCUCCUCCUCAUAUGAUCUGUUCUCCUCUUCCCAAGUGAUGUAGGGUCACGAGAAUGGGAAAACACCUUCCAAGGAGAAAACACAGACAUGCACUUUUGAAUUUGCGCCACACGCGCACAGAGCUGCUAGUUGAGUGCUGAGUAGUGCAAGACCAGCUCAUGAGCCAAACUACGAUAGCAACUUUUCCCUAAACUCAAGUGUUCUUAUGGCUUGAAUUAGAAAGAAGUCAACCCACAAUCCUCCUCCACUGAACUCUAAGAAGACGGGUAAUCAGGAAGAAAGCAAUCUGAGAGUCAGAGUGGAGAGGAAAGAAGAGUCCGAUGUAUUGCCACAAGACCAUUUGGGAAGUUUUAUCAUGGGAUGAACUCCUGUCAUCAGUGAGUUAAGCUGUGUCCUAGUGUUUCCUGACUGAGACCCAAACCAGACCCUGGCCUGUGAGCUCGGAGCCCAAACCCUGGAGGGGCAGGGGUGUCGACCGGGAGAAAAUGCGAUGCACCACCGUCACCACCCUGCUGACAGGGGUCAUGUUGUACCUGGGAAUGGGAGCGCUUGUUUUCGUCAACUUGGAGACUCCCAAGGAGAGCGAAGCACAUGAAACCCUUCUUAAAACCAAGCAGGACUUCCUCAUUAAUAACUCCUGUGUCACAGAGUUGGACUUCCACAACCUUGUGAAGAAGGUGAUGUCUGCGGUCGACGCUGGUCUGGAUGUGAAUAGCCUUCCUGCCAAUUUGACCAGCCGCUGGGACUGGGCCUCUGCCUUCUUCUUCUGUGGUACCAUCAUCACCACCAUAGGGUUUGGAAACCUGUCUCCUCGAACAUGGUUCGGGCAGUUGUUCUGUGUGUGCUACGCCCUGGUGGGCAUCCCCAUGUUUGGCAUACUGCUGGCUGGAGUGGGGGAUCACAUGGGCACUGUCCUGCGGAGAGCUGUGGCCAAGAUUGAGACCCUCUUUUUGAAACGUAAAGUCAGGCCCACCACAGUUCGUGUUAUUUCGGCUGUUCUUUCCAUCCUGAUUGGCUGCCUGAUCUUCCUCGCCGUGCCAACAGUCGUGUUUCAGAGAGUGGAGAAGUGGUCAUUUCUGGAGUCGCUUUAUUUUGUGGUCAUCACUCUCACCACUGUUGGAUUCGGAGACUACGUGCCAGGUGGAGCGUACGAAGGCGGAAAUAUCUUCAAGCCUCUGGUGUUGUUGUGGAUAGUGUUCGGUUUAGCCUACUUUGCCUCCAUUCUCACCAUGAUUGGGAACUGGCUGAGGGUGCUGUCCAAGAGGACCCGCGCUGAGAUGGAGGAGCUGAGGGCCCAUGCCACAGACUGGACCCAGAACAUGUCCAUGGACUUCCGCAUCCCAAACCCUCUGGAAUUCAAUGACCCUUUUCUCCUGCAGCGCCGGCGCUGGAAACGCAGUGAGCGCCGCCGCAUGCGCCGGGGAGCACAGGGCACUCUGGGACACUUUGCUCGAGGGGGAUCUGAGAAUGGACACCUGCCAAAUCGAUGGGCUGCCCUCUCCAGCUCCAUGAGCCAGCUGGAGGCCCGUUCGUCUUUGGAACGGGCCGUGGUUGUAAGGUCCAGGCCGCGGGUGAGUGUAGAUGGCGUAGCAACAGCGGCGAGGAUCAGGGGUGAGGCCGCGGUGGGCGUGCCUGGGAGGUCGUUCCACCACCUGCUGCUGCGCUCGCUCUCCCUGCCUGUGACCCGCUCCACCUUAGAGCUGGAUUCUGCAGGCGAUGCCAUGCAGGAGGGGUACCCCUCUGGGUCUGAGUCGGCAUUCGACUCCAGGUCAGAUGGCUCCUCAGUGUCGUUUUCAGACAUCAGGAAGUUCCAGCCCUUCCCUGCAGUCAACAUGGUGGAUGAGGGGGGGGUGAGGGCUGCUCGGAGGACUGCGGCACCGGAGAAGGACAAACCAACUCCUGCCGAGGACGGAGCAUCUAAAGUUCCUCUCAGUUCCUCUCCUCCCCCCACACUGCAUCCAGUUCGUGCCCCCCCGCCAGGGUGCCAGCUGCUGGAUUUUUUCGGAGAGAACCUGGCGUACAUUGACGAGUCAUCAGACACACUGAGUGACCGUGCCCAGCCGGAGGAGAGGAGGAGACGUCCAAGAAAACCCAAGAGAAGAAGCAUGAGGAGGCAGUUGUCACACAGGUGGAGCCCCCUGCAGGUGAGGAGACCCAACAGUGACAUGCUGCCACCAUCAAACCCCCCAACACCACCUCCAGAGUCCUCGACCUUAGACCUGCCCGAAUCCGAGAACCAGACAGAUUCAGCGCCAGCGCUCUGACAUCCACACUCUAAGUCCAUGUGACAGAACUGAACUACACCUUUGAGUAAAGGUAAAGGUAUUAACGACAUAAAUUACACUGUCAGUUUUUUUUUCAAAGGUGUUCCAGUAUCAGUGUUUAGCCUCACAAAAUCAGCUACCAAAUCAAGCCAUUGUACUCUGAGGCUAAAACUGCCAUUCACUGCCGGCACGACUAACUGAUUGUUGUCUAAAUGGACUUCACCACGUGGGAAUCAUACUUAAUUUUAAACUCAACCACCCCUUGUGUAAACAGCUGAUGAUAUGUUUCAGUUCGUUCAGGAGCCAACGUGUCACGUCUCUAUCCAGCUGCCACCACAUGCAGUCGCCUAAUCUUUUGAUCUCAUUUUCAGCCAGUUCCCAGCAGCCUCAUUCCACUCUAAACCUCAGAGUUUAGAGGGCUUUGUCUCACUUUUGGGGGCUGAGCAGUCAUGGGUGUGACGGCAGCAGUCAGCCACCCCGCAUCCUUAAAGGCAACUGACACAUUAAAGGUAGUGCCAGGAUGUACUAUGUGAAUUCUUAUAAAUUGAUCGUUUCUUAGGUAAUUGUGAACUCGCUGAUCUGAUCACAGUCUAACGUGUGUGCAUGAAACUGUACUUGACUUUUUUCAUUGGUUAAAAAGGGUUAAAAAAAUCAGACGAGCACCUCUGAGCUCUCCUCAAGUAUAAAUGAAUUCAUGUAGGAUUAUGCAACCUUUCCUCUGGCCGAUGGAUACAAGUUUAAAAAACAUGUUUUUUUAUUUUAAAAAUGCUCUGCAAAAUAAAUUACUUUACUUUUUUUUCCAACUUGUUUAACCUAUUUAUUAUACCCAGAUAAAAACUAUUACAUGCUUUAGAAUGUAUUAAAGUAUCAGAUCCCUGAUAUGAAACACAUAUGGGACCACUCUUAAUGGAACAGUAGUUUCUC